CUGCUAGGCAUCUUUGUAGAAUGGGACCCAGCUGGCUGUGCCCAGAGGUGUGGGGCCAGCCACGGAGGCCCUGAGUCUGUUGCUGACGCGGUUGUUCUGCUCUUUCCAGCAAUGCUUUGUUUGUGGCGAGAGGGGGGCUACCAUCACAUGCAUAGAGGGGAGCUGUUCACGAAGCUUCCAUCUGCCCUGCGCCAUGGACGGGGAAUGUGUCACCCACUUUUUUGGGAACUACUGGGCCUUCUGUUGGGAGCACCGCCCUCGACAGGACACUUUCGAAGCUCCACCAGAAGGCACCAACUGCGUCAUCUGCCUUGAGCCUGUGGGGGACAGCUUGUCCUAUCACACCCUGGUGUGCCCAGCGUGCCAACAUGCCUGGUUCCACCGGGGUUGCAUCCAGCAACAGGCCUUGAGUGCUGGCGCUUUGUGCUUCCAGUGCGCUGCUUGUCGAGACAACAUCCUGUUCUUUGCAGAGAUGGCCAUUCUGGGGAUUCAAAUCCCACUCAGAUUACCGACAUGGGAGGACAACGGCGCAUACGAAGCACUUCUCCAGAGGCACAGCCGCUGCAGUGCCAGCGAAUGCCUUUACCAUGGAGGCAGAGAGCAGGCAGAGGGAGUGGUGAGAAACAAGGAAACUGCCAAGUACUUGGAUUCCCUGGAAGGCUUUUCUGAUGUAAUGCUGCGAGUGUGCCUGUGUGCUUAG